GAUCGUUGCGACACCGCGCAGCAGUCGACAGUCGCAGGUCGUCAUGAGUGUGCGUCUGCUGUCGCAAUGCUAAACCCGGUGCGAUUAAUCGGCGAGGUAAAGAAACGGCCAGGUUUGUACGAUUUGGAACGCCCGCUGGACCGACACGACAAGAUACUACUGUGGAAGGACGUAGGAGCGGCGUUGUUCCGCGACUGGGAGACAUACGAUCGCGCGGGGCAGUAUGAUAAGGUAUUACUUCUGCAGAAAAGAUGGCGUUCGUUACGAGACGCUUACAACAGAGAGUUGCGAGCCAGAAGGCUUGGCACGCGGAGGCACAGAAAGGUGUACAUAUACUUCAAGAAGAUGAGCUUCCUGGGCGGUUUUGACGGUGACAUCAGCAGCGAUACGGAUGAUGACGAGGUAGACCCUCGAGUAACUCACAUGGAAGCAGAAGACAUGAACAUGCCGAUUGAAGAACUUGACGACGUUUCGGAAGAAAUCGUCGCGGCGCCGAAAAAGAAGCGACGAGUUAAGAAAGAGAAGAAGAAGGAAGUAUUCGCUCCGACAGAAGAGGUAGAUCUGCCAAUGUUCCAGUUGGACUCGAACGAGAACGAUAGCGAUAAGCUAUUCCUGCUCUCGUUCCUGCCGGAGAUGAAGCAAUUGUCACUAGAUAUAAAGAUGUGGGUCAGAUCACAGAUUGCGAACGUUAUGCAGGAAGCUGUGUCGUGCCAUCUGACUAAUUCCACUCCAAACAGCAGUAUGAGAGAGAAUGGCAGAAUGUCUAUCAAAAGACAGAGAAACGAGAGUUUCGAUUGAAACUCUACGUAACUUAAACAACAUGUAAUCAUAUAAUUAUUAAGGAUACGAAUUUCUAUGUUUUAUUCGUAGGUCGUAGCUCUUUUGAUAUUGAAGAGAGUCAGAGACGGUGGCGCAACCAGUUGCCGCUACCAACAAAAUGUAGACAGCUAUAUAGGGAAGUUACUCAUAUGGUGUCCGUUUGGUUCCGCGACCAGCUCGGACGCGUCAUGACUCUGGUGUCUGUAUGGUGUCUAGUUUGGUAGGUUACGGACACCAAGAUGGCGAAAUUAUUGUGAUAGUGAGAUUGGUGGCAAAACUUUUCACGUUUGAAACUACCAUCGAAUACUUAUAUUGUUAUUCUUUUGUUGAUAGCUAUUUUUUUGUGUAAAUAAUACUGUAAGCCCCAUUCAAUUCCAUGAAACGGAAAUGAUUGUAAUAAGAGGUUAUAUUUUUGUUGUUACUCACUAACAUAGGUACCUAAGUUUGUAAGAACUGCAAGAUUAAGAAGAGGUAUUAUCGAUUUGUAUUCCAAUAUAAUUAAUAAUAAUUUAUAAAUCAUGCAAGGAUUAUAUUUAUGACUUGUUGUAAAUUGGAUAAUUGUUGCCUAGAUUUUUUUUUAUUCCACCAAGCAAUAAUAUGACUUCACGCACAGGUUUUUCAUAAGUACCUGUAUAUUGAGACGACGGGCGUAGUAGGGCGAAGUAGCUCGCCGCUAGUUCAGUUGUUAACACAUGAUCACUGCGUGAGAACAUAAAAACAUAUUGAACAAUACAAACAUAUAAACAUAUUUAUAACUAUAAUUCAGUCUAAAGGCGAAAAUAUUAUUUACUGUAAUAUUAUAAUGGACUGAUGUCAACUUAUCAUUUUAUAAAUACACUAGCCGACCCGACAGACAUUGUUCUGUACAAAAUAAAUACAGUACUGUUAUUUUAUGAAUUUGUCAAUAAUAUUUUAUUACAUCAAGAAUUAUUUCGUAAAAUAUGUUCCCUGUUGUUAUAAUGAAAUUGUUUCACAGCAGAACUGUCAAAUCGUGCCGGAAUAGAUAAAUUCUCUCAUAGAAAAUAUGUCCAUACAAAACAAAUACUGGAAAUAUAGAUAAUUAUUAAUCCCCAUAAAUCUGUUCAUUAGUUAAGGAGUUCACUGGAAACAAAAAUCAGGACACUGGAUUUAUAUAUAUUAAGAUUGUUAAACAUAUCAUUAAUUUGUGAGCAGAACUACUUUAUGUUUAAAUAUAUGUUGUUUGUUCCAUUAUAAAA